AUGAAUCUGUACCCAAGCGCUGCGCGGUUUGGCCCCGCGCCGCCGCCGUACGCGAACGGCCAGCCGGGCGUCACGGAGGAGCUGCUGCGCGGGCAGCUCUACCCCGAGGCGGCGCCGGAGGAGUUCCGCGCGCUGCGCGCCAAGAUGGGCGGCCUCCUGCAGUCCAUUGCUUCAGCAGACAUGGAUUUGAAUCAGCUGGAGGCUUUUCUCACUGCCCAAACCAAAAAACAAGGUGGCAUCACAUCAGAUCAAGCUGCAGUCAUUGCAAAAUUCUGGAAGAACCACCGAGCAAAGAUCCGAGAGAGCCUGAUAAAUCAAAGCCAGUGGGAUAAUGUCUUAAAAAACAUGAACUGGAGAAUCGACUUGAAGGCGCAGUCAAGACACACCGAUCAAAUAAAUACCCCUGUUGCAAUAGUUGAGAUGGAACUGAGCAAAAAAGGGCAGCACAACUUAUGUAGGUCAUUUCUGCCCCGGCCUUCCCCAGGCCUUCCAAGAAGGCCGGGAGGAGCCGUUUCCUGGUGGAGCGAGUUUGGAGCAGGGGAAGGCUCUGUGCUGGGAACGGUCUCCAUCACGGCCGGGACCACGCGGAGCUCGGAGCGGGUUGUGGCCCCCGGGGACCAUCUUGCAUCUAAACCCGUCAUCGAAGAAGUGCGGGGUGAGUCCCACCGAGGAGAAUCCCUGGACUUGUGGAUCCCAGGAAAGGUUUGGAAGCUGGUAGCGACGCCAGCGCUGAGCUACCCACCUCCUGCCUCUGACGCUGCAGGAGCAAAUUCCCACCUGGAUGAACGAGACCAGGCUCUAGGGAAGCUUCUGCAGGAUAGCUGGGAGGCAUCGGAAUCUGAGUUUCUCUGCCUGGAAUUCGACGAGGCCAAGGUGAACCAGAUGCUCAAGAGCCUGUCGGAAAUCGAGGCGAGCGUGGCCGCGCUCACCCAGGCCUCGUAG